AUGGAGAACUCAUGGACAAAUAACCUAGCUGAUUGGAUAACUGGCAGAAGGAAUAAUAGGGUGAAUUCUGUGAAGCAGUUGUUAAAGGAAACAGUGAAAAAAAGGAUAAGCGCCAGUCAAGCUCCUAGUGUAAGAAUGUCAGACCUUUUAAGAAACGAAAGCCCCACCUUACAAUUAGACAUAAUGGAAAUCGGACCACUGUAUACCUCAACCUUACAAAACAUUAUACUUGCAAAAAGCAGAAAAUCCAAAAACCUUAAAAAAACACCAAUUAAAGAUUCAAUCACAAAUAUAUCAGACCUAACGAACGAUGAAACUGCAUUAAUUUCCGAAUCAAUAAUGGGUAGAAUAAAUAAUAAAAACAGUGACGAGAAGGAAAAUAUUGAAACCUCGACAAAAAAUGGAAAGAAUUUUGAGAUAACCAAACCAGCAGACGAACUUAAUUACGAAAAAAGUACAAGAAAUGACAAACAUAUUUACGAGAAUGUGCCAUUCGAAAAUGAUAACAAACCCGAGGUGAUAAAACCAAAAAUACAGAAACCAAAAAGAAAAUAUCCUCCAGGAAAAAAACCUUUUGUUGACCUGAACGAAAGCAAUGAUUCCCAGAUAAUAAAUGAAUUAGUUUUGGAUAAAUAUAGCAAUGCGUUGGACUAUUUUAGAAAUAGAAGCUUCCAAAGGAGCAACAAGAAAAGAAAUAACAAAAUUGCUGAUUAUAUAAAUGAUGAUGAUAAUGACAGCUUAAUUUCAGGGUUUAGCAGUGCUCUACCAAGCCCUGUAAGUUUUACAGAUGCAGCUUUUGAAUGUGGAAAUGAUUUUUAUUUUCAAAAAAAUAUGGAUAAUUCCAUAGCAAAUAGUAUAAGCAUAGAUAAGAUUGAUGAUGAUGAUGAAUUAGAUGACACCAAAUCGAUGGGUAGUACCGUACUUUGUGAUGAUAUACAGAACAAUCCCUUACACUUUAUAAUAACAGAAGAAAAAAGCGUGGAAGAACGCAGCAUUAAUACGGACGAUUUAUCCGAUCUUCUUUCCAAAGGAAGCACCGAAGAUAUCCACAGAGAAGUCUCGAUCCAAGAAGAAUUUAUCUUCCAAACCUCCAAGGCCAUCAAUUUUUGCAACCGUAACAAAAAGUUCACAUUUGGACUGGAGCAAGUCGAAGCUGAACGACUGUUACUUAUAGCAAGUUGCACCAAAGAUAUUCUUCUAAAAGAAUUAAAAAACAAAGAUCACCACGAGUUGGAAUCACAGGAUUCAACGAAUUGUUUCAUCAAAAUAUCAAACAUCACCAUACCAUAUAAAUACACCCAUAUGGAAGACACUAUCAAAGAUGUAUCAACGUAUUUUGUAUGCCUGGCUACCUGUGGAACCAAAGUAAUUGCAAGUCCAGUUAUUAAAGCAAAGGAAGGGUCUCUGAAAAUCCCCAUAGACUUUUUGUUCAGGAAACUGAACAGAUAUUUUGAACUCACCGUCUCUAUUUAUGCUCUACAAGUAAACAAUAAGAAACCAACUGUCAAAAAAACCAAGAAAAGUUUUGCUUCCCCGAUAAAACUCUUCCAAAUGGCGAAAAAUCAUUGCCACAAAAACGUUACCAACGUCGACGAUGAAGUCCUUCAAACCUCCUUUGUGUUGUGGUGUCAAAUGACGGUCGAUAAACAAAAUAUACAAGAUGAAUGCUACAAGAUGACUUCGAUGUCCAGGUUUUCCCAGCUGGACGACAGUGUUUUCAUGGAAGUGGAAAGCGAGGUGAAUUUGAAAAGCGACGUUUCCGGAUUUUUGACGAUCGCCAACUACGAUGGUAACGGGAUUAUUUGGAGUAGGCGGUGGUGUUCCCUGGAAGGAUGCAGACUUAAAUACUGGAACUACCCUUCAGAGGAACUCACCAAGGCCCCAAUGGGUAUCAUCGACUUCCAAUACUGCAUUUCGAAAACUAUUGGGCAAGCCGACAGAAUGAUUUGUCCGAGACAAAAAACCUUGCAAAUACAAACGAAAAACAAGGACAUCAUCACAAAUCACUUGCUAUCAUGCGAUAAUGCCGAUGAGUUCCACAAAUGGCAGGGACAAUUGAACUACGUCAUCGAUUCUAUUAGAAAAUGGAACUGCAGUGCCCUAUGA